AUGAAGCGGCUUCUUGUUGUGUUCCCCCUGUUCGUGAUGCUUCUGAUCGAGGACUUCACAGUGGUUUCUUCCUAUGAUGCUUUCUAUGAUGUUGACACUGGUGCAAUAAUAGUACCGGACUGCAAAAUAUAUGGCAAUCCAGGAUGUCCAAGAGACUUAAACCCUGUAUGUGGAACAGACGCCUUAACCUAUCCUAAUGAAUGUUCACUUUGUGCGAAAAACAGGGAACUUGGCAAGGACAUCCAAAUAAAAUGGAGGGGGUUUUGCUAA